CAGCCAACUGGUUGCCAGUUGCUUUUGCCUUGCCUUGCCAGUUCGCCAGGUAGUAAGCGUUGGGUGCACUCGUGUUUGUACGUGUCUCCGUGUCUGUCUGUGAUGUUUCAUUGUUUGUUGUCAAAAUAAUCACGUCAGUUUCGUUUUACUGUGUUGUUUUUGUGCUACCAUAUUGCUGUGUUUCGGAUUUUAGCAGUGGCAUGAUUUGAGGAAGUGAUUUCAAUUAUCGGAUAUGAGGCUUAACGGUGCCAGAUAUGAAGGAACUCUGCCUGAAAAUUCCGCCAAUGAAGCAGAUGACAUGAUCGAGACGGAGAACGAGUCUGUCCGCGAGCGGGUGGCCGACCUGGAGAAGAAGGUGCUGGAGCAAGGGGACGAGAUAGUCUGCCUCCGCUCCACCCUGGCAGAUGUCCUGCGGCGGCUGAGUCUGGUGGAGGGGGCUCGCUCUGUUACCGUCACCCCUUCCCCCACCACUCCCACCAAGAAUGGCAACCACCUCAUGCAGCUCAGGACGCAUCAUCGCAAUGCCUCCCCCAACAACCAUCACAUAGGAGUGAAUAACCAUAAUGGACCUCCCAAGGACCUGCGGUACCGUCCAAUCAAUGAAAUGGCCAACAGUAAAGAGAGUAUAAGGAGGGUGGCCAGCUAUACACCUUCAUCACUGCCUCAGAGUGGUGAAGGUACACCUAGCAGGCGAGUGGUGCACUACCAGUCGACGGGCUCGCUUCACUCGGAUUCGCCCAGCUCCAGCUCGGUCUCCCCUAUCCCCACUUCCCCAUCCCCCUCGCCCACCCGACCCCCCUCCUCAGCCUCGUCGAAACCUCCCACCACCUCCCUCUCCAUGUCCAAUCUGCACUCUGCGAAGCGGUGGAGCUCAACCGGUGAUUUCAACUCACAUAACCACACUUCGCCACACAACCAUACGUCUAGGCUUGCAACCAAUACAAAAUCUCUGUUUAACUUACAUAUGCGAACAAACUCCCAACAGAACCACACUCCAAUGUUAAAACAUGGCACAAGAGAUGCGACUUAUAACUCUGAGGAUGGCUCACUACGUAUGUACCUGCGUGGGCGACCCAUAGUGCUCUACGCACCCACUCCAAUCGCCGACGGCUAUGAAAUCACCAAAGUCGCCACGGCGCCUCACACCAAGCUAAAGCUCGACUGGGUGUAUCCUUUCAUCAUUCAAUCAUUCAUUCAUUCCUCUAUUGAAAUUAGUUAUUUAUUCAUUUUUAUUUAUUUAUUCAUUUAUCUAUUUGUUGUUUAUUUAUUUGGAUUGAGUGGAAGAGGGAUUAAUUAUUGCCUCUUAUUGCCUCACAACUCUUAUGUUGAGUGUAAAGAGAGGGCCGACUGCGCCCUAGCUUUGCUCUCUAGGAAAAAUAAAUGCAGUCAUUCUAUUCUAUCCUUUUAUUCAGGCAUAGAAUUGGAGCGGGCUAGCCUUCUUAACACAUGUAUUGCAAUCCAUCCAAAUAAGCUUCUGGUGGCAUCAGGCCAGACAGCGGGUCAUGACGCAAGGGAGGGAAGGCCCCACAUUCGGGUUUGGAACUCUGUAAACCUUUCAACAAUGGCUGUUAUAGGAAUAGGCGAAUUCGAGCGUUCUAUUAGUUGUUUAUCAUUUUCGAAAGCGUGCUCAGUGGAUACAGUAGUGGCAGCAGAGUUUCAUCCUCUGGACAAGAGCUGCAUUGUGACUUGUGGCAAAAGUCACAUCAGCUUCUGGUCGUUGGACAAUGGUGGAACUCUGUACAAGAGAAACGGCAUCUUCGAGAACCGAGACAAGCCCAAGUAUGUCACUUGUCUGGCAUUCACGCAGACUGGAGAUGUGCUCUCUGGCGACUCCAAUGGCAGUAUUAUUGUCUGGGGACGAGGAACCAAUACGAUCACUAGAUUCAUGCGAAACGUGCAUGAAGGAUCAAUUUUCUCAAUUUGUGUGCUGAAAGAAGGAAGCAUCAUAACAGGCGGUGGCAAAGAUGGCCGACUCAUCCAGUUCGACUCUGAAUUGCAGAAAACUGGAUUUGAAGCUCAGAUCGCGGAACACGUAGGAGGCGUUCGGACCAUCUCGGAGGGUCGCGGUUCGCAGCUGCUGGUUGGGUCAACCCGAAACUGCAUCCUGGUUGGUUCCCUCCCGCUCGGGUUCAGCCCCGCUGUGCUCGGUCACACCGACGAGCUGUGGGCGUUGGCCGCUCACCCCUCCCUCUCCCAGUUCCUCACAGCUGGCUUCGACCGCAUUGUCCAGCUCUGGGACUGCAUGGCUCACUCUGUCGUCUGGAGUAAGGACAUCGCUGAGCAAGCUCAGUCGGCAGCUUUCUCACCAGAUGGCAGCAUUAUCAUCGUUGGCUGUGUAUCUGGUAAAUGGCUGGUGAUGGAUGCCGAAACUAGAGAGCUCUACUCAUCACAUACAGAUGGAUCCGAGCCUAUUCAGGUUGUCAGAUAUUCUCCAGAUGGCCGGUUUCUUGCCCUGGGCUCGAGGGAUAACAACAUCUACGUCUACCAAGUCGGAGAAGAUGUUAGGAAGUACAGCAGAGUAGGAAGAUGCGCUGCCGACAGGAAAAGAAGACGCAGUAUGUCUUCACUUAUCUCCAUACUGGGUCAUUCCAGCUUCAUCACACAUCUAGAUUGGUCGAAGAACAGUGAAAUAUUGAGGAGUAAUUCCGGUGACUACGAACUUCUGUUCUGGAACCCCGGCCUUUGCAGACAGAUUCCGCAGAGCUCAUCGCUCCGAGACACGGAGUGGGCGACACACACAUGUGUGCUGUCGUUCAGUACGGUGGGCAUCUGGCCGGAAGGCGCCGACGGCACCGAUGUCAACGCCUGUGAGCGAUCACAUGACCACAACCUUAUCGCUACCGGAGACGACUUCGGCAAGGUCAAACUCUACUCUUAUCCGGCCUGCCAGCCUAAGUCUCUGAACCACACUUACGGCGGUCAUAGCAGUCACGUGACCAAUGUCACGUUCCUCCACGACGAUUCCAGGCUGAUAUCAAUCGGCGGCAAGGACACCUCCGUCUUGCAAUGGAGCAUUGUUUGAAUGUCAACUGUCCUGUUUGAAUUUUGAAAUUUAAACUUUGAAACAAUCAAAUGCUGGUCUAGCACUCGCUUAGAAAACAUGAAUAGUUUUCGCUUCAAGCUAAAGCAUUGAAUAUUACCUCUAUUCCACUAUUUAUUGAACUGCACUCUUCCCCUGAUAUGAAAGAGAAUUUAAACGGUUUAUCAUAGUGCAUCUAAAGAGCCUAAUCUACAAAUCCAUGUAUAAGUAAAGUUGAAAUAAGAAUCGUAUCCACUUUCAAGUGCCCUUUUAACACUAAUGUGUUUCUAUGGCCUAUUUUACAAUAGUAUCUUAAUAUUUACUGAACAAUUACCAACUUGCAAUACAUUGCAAGAAUUCCAUUCAUGAAGGAUAGGUAUUGGUUUCCUCCUAGUGGUGGAAUAAAUAGGCAGUCUAUUUAUCAUUAAGCCGUGAUAAAAUAAUAUAAAUGUAAUUCAAGACGUAUCCAGAUCAAUGCUCUCAAUGUUCUUGUUUCACUUUGGUUUUCAAAAAAUGUACUAUCCCAUACAUACCUGUUAUGUAGCAUAUUUCCUUAGUUUCAUAUAGCUAGACAUUCAUACAGUAUAAACCAUAUGCUUAUCCUUACGGAGCAAGGUUACGAGAUAAGGAAUUUCUCAUAUUUUCCUUGAAUCUAGUGUUGAGAAUGAAAUUAAAUUUCUUGGUGAACUAACAAAUUAACAAGUGUAAAUAUCUAGAUUAGUUUUAUUGUUUUUAUUAAUGAAAAGUGUUCCGUUUGACGGGAAUUCUGUUGAUUUUUUACAUUAUUGUAGUCAACUCUUUCAGAGUUUGUAUAUUGUUGAGACAUUGUCAAUUUCUAAUGAGAACCGUAUCAUGCUUUUACUUAUAAAUGCAUGUAUUACGUAUAAAUUAUAUUUCGAAAAUGCAGAUAUUGUACUCAUAACUUCUAUAGCUUGAGCAAUGUUUAUUAAAACCUUAAAAUGAUAACAUGAACGUACAAUAAUCUUGCAUUUCGCUUGAAUGAAAUCCGAAAAUGUCAACUAACUAGCAAAGCAGCGCUGCAUAAAGUUGAACACCUGCUACUGGAUGAAAUAAUAGAUUGAAAUAAUAAUGAACAGUUUCUGUCCGUCUUGAUGCCUAUUUAAGGUUUUGGUGCUGAAGAAGUUACAGAAAUAAUUUUAAAAUUGGACAAAAUAAUUCCAAGUGUUGAAGAAAUGUAUAUCCGUGCAUAUAAUUCUCUAGCAAAAUCCUUGAAUCACUUCUACUGUAUUUGUAUCGUGAUUUUAUUUGGUAUCUUGAUAUCAGGUUGCAAUUUAUAAAGACAUGAUAUUAUUCUACUGCACCGUUCCUUUUGAAUUUUCAAAUCCUCACUUGCUCAAGACAUUAAUGUGAAUAUAUCCUUCACAUUCACAUAAAAUCUAAAAUGCCUAGUAUGCUGUACACGAAUAUAUAUAUCCUUGAUAUUAUUAAUUAACAGCCUGUGAACUUGCUGCUUAUUAGAACAAUCGCAUUCUGCUCAAGUGAUAUUAAUGGAAAAUAAUAAUGACUUAAUAAUAGAAACUUAAACACCAAAAUGCUUGAUACUGUAAAUAUGGUAGCACAGUUUGUUGUUGAUGAAUUGGUCCCAAAUAUAUUAUCUUAUAAAAUAAUUAUUCAAUAAUAUAUUUUCCUUUUUUGCAUUCAAUAAAAAAUUGAACUUCCUACUGACAAUCUACUGCUUAAAACUACUCCACAUUUUGUGAUACAUUAUGCACCUUUGACUGAUAAAAAUUGUAACUAAAAUUCAUGUUUUCCUGUCAAGAUUCUAUUAAUGAUCUGAUUGUAUGAUCAGAUAGUAUUAUGCAAUUCAACACCACUUGAUACAUUGAUCAAAUAGAUGUAUGGCAUAUAGCAUAAAAAACUAACAAUUAUGUACAUGUUGUGUAACUCAUCAUUGUUUUGUAUAAUUAUUAUUGUAUUAUUUCUUCUUCGAGAAACAUUCUCGUUUUAAAAUCAUCACAUUAGUUUUAUUUUAUUAAUAAGUUGAAAUAGAAUACUUACAUACCGUACCUUGGACUUCCAUUUUUAUAUUAUUAUAUACAUUUGAUUUAUUGAUGCAGAACAAAGGAGACUCAAUUUUUAGGUUUUCUCCAGUUUUAACUCUUUUUACUGUUUAUUCUACUUGUUUUAUCUUGUUCAUUUUUACUGAAAAAUUCGAUUUUUCAUUUUUGUGUUUAUUGUAAAUAUAUUUAUUUAUGAAGUUAAUUUUUCUUUUACAUUGUAAAGUUACUGUUUCAGAAUAGGCUAAGUGAUUCGAUGCAUCAACGUUUUAUCGUAGAAUCAAUUGUAUCGAAUUCUCAAUAAUUACAAUUCCACAUUCUCUAUAAACUUCCAUUUCAUCUAAUAGUGAGAAAGUUUUGAAUAAAGUUGUAUUUCAACAUUGAAUUUCUGAAUGUGAAGACUGUAUAGACUAAGAAUUGUUUAUGAAUUUUGUUGAUUAAUUCAAUUAAAUGAAUCAGCACUCUAUCU